AUUAGAGAAGUUGAGGGACCUAUCUUUGUUUUUCCGCGUAACGUAACCUUAUCCCCACACGCCUUGCCUGGAUAUCUCUGCUUGAAUUCGUUAACUCCAAACUUCCGAUCAAACCCAAACAAUGGUUGCGACAAUGAUUACAAGCUUACCUCGGUUUUGCUUCUCUGCUUCGACCAAAACCUUCGCCAAGCGAACUCCCCCCUUUCUUUAUAACAGGCCAAACACUCUUUUAUUAAAGUUCCCAAACACUUGUACCACCUUACCUUCUCUUACUUGUACCACCUUACCUUCUCUUACUCCCUCAAAACUGCUUCCUUUUUGCUUCUUCAAUGCUGGAAAAGACAAUCCCGAUUUCCAGCAAAAGGAAGAGACUGAAUUGGGGUGGCCAAUACUCAAGCGAUGGGAGGUUCCAUGGGAGUGGCAAACAGUCUCAUUAACUUCACUUGCAUGUGGAUUAAGUUUUAUUUUGACAGGAUUAAUAGAGACAGCAGCUAUACCUUAUCUAGGACUUAAUAUUGAAGAACUAAGUUUGGACCAGAAGGCUGAGAUACUGUUUGUGGAUCAAAGCAUUACAACUAUAGUGGUACUUGGAGUUCUUUAUGGUGUAGCCAACACUUUUCAACCCCUUCCUGAAGACCUAUUUCGCUAUGAUUUUAAGGAACCUUUCAACCUAAAGAAAGGAUGGCUUUUGUGGGCAGCAAUUGGUCUUGUUGGUGCUCUUAUUGCUAUUGCUUUAACAGGGGCUGCCAUGUCCUUGUUUCGUGGUGAGGACUCUCAAAGAGAGACUGAUGCUCUGGUCCGUUUGCUUCCAUUGAUUGGAUCCUCAAGUAUCAGCACUGCUUGCUUGGUGGGCAUCACAGGUGUUCUGGCACCAGUUCUUGAGGAGACGGUAUUUCGAGGCUUUUUUAUGACAUCCCUGACAAAAUGGGUGCCUACACCAGUUUCUGUAAUUGUUAGUGCUGCUGUAUUUGCACUUGCACAUCUUACUCCCGGAGAGUUUCCUCAGCUAUUUGUACUAGGGACUGCUUUGGGGUUUUCAUAUGCUCAAACUCGCAAUCUGGUGACUCCUAUCACAAUACAUGCUUUCUGGAACUCGGGAGUGAUUUUGCUUCUUACCUUUCUUCAGUUGCAAGGGUAUGAUAUCAAGGAAUUGUUGCAGGCGACCUGAUUAAAUGGAGAAGCUUAUUUCCAGGUGAUAAUGGAGCCUUAUUUAGCUGAGAGUCCGUAAUGUGUAAUUGGAAAACCGAAUUUUAUUUUCAUUGAGUUGAAAUUAUGAUUGUGUUUAAAUCCAAAGCUGCUAGCAUGAUUGUUGAAAUCAUGUGCAUGUGUAAAGUUGAUCAGUGAACUCGCAAGCAAAAGAAAUUAUGAAGACAGAUUCUUCAGCACAA